GCCGGGCGCGCUCGGGGGUUUUGUUCCCUCCCCGCGCCCCUUCCGACCGGCCCCGGUGCGUUAAGCAGGAGAGGUCUGCGGGCAGCUCCACCAUGUCGGACAGUGACCUCGGCGAGGACGACAGCGCCACGUCCCCCGACCCCUCGCAGCCCAACAAGAGGAAGAGAAGGGGCAACCUCCCCAAGGAGUCAGUGAAGAUCCUCCGGGAUUGGCUGUACGAGCACCGCUUCAAUGCCUACCCCUCGGAGCAGGAGAAGCUCAGCCUCUCGGGGCAGACCAGCCUCUCUGUGCUGCAGAUCUGCAACUGGUUCAUCAACGCGCGGCGGCGGCUGCUCCCCGACAUGCUGCGCAAGGACGGGAAGGACCCAAACCAGUUCACCAUCUCCCGCCGAGGGGGCAAAGCUGGCGACAUGGCUCUGCCACGGGGGGCUGCUGCCGGCUCCGGGGUGCUGGUGGUGCCCCCCGUGACUGCCGCGGGGGCCUCCAAGGUGCUGUCCAUGUCCGUGUGCCCGCAGGUACUGUGCCACCCUGCCCAGGCGCUGGGCAGCAGCCUCACCGUGGUGAGCGCCCACAGCCCCGACUGGGAGAAGCCGCCCGGGCCGCAGCGAGCGGAGCCGGACCCUGUGCCCAAGGCAGCGCUGGGAGCCCCCGGCAGCACCAUGACCCUGCUGGCCCGCGCCGAGGCCGCCAGCCCCACCAGCGGACUCUUCAACACGCCCCCCCCCACACCCCCCGAGCUCUUCGGGGACGACUUCAGCAGCUUCCAGCUGCUGGUGGAGGUGGCACUGCAGAAGGCAGCCGAGCUGGAGUCGCAGCGGCAGGGGGGGCAGCUGCCCCUCUCACCCCAGACUGAGCCCCCCGCAGCCGCCCUCUCCAAAUAACCCCAUGGCCAGGUCCUUGGGGUGCCUGACCCCCCCCCGGUGCCACCCGCCUGCCUGCACCCCCUGACCAGCUCGUCAUGGAAGAGGAUUCCUGCCUUUUGUGGGGUUCUGGUGUCCGUGCCAGGCAAGACGGGGAGAGGAGGGGCUGUGCCAUGGCUCCCUUCUGCUGCCCUUGGGAGGAUGUGGCCGCUGUGAAAAGUCCUUUGCAGCUUUACUGACCUCUCCCUGCCGCCACGGAGGUUACUGUGGAGCUCCCCUUGGGAAACCUGCUGACUUCUUUUUCUCUGCCCUGUAAACCAGGGUCCAACGCCGCUUCUUCAGGGAGAGAAAGAGAGAAUUGAUGUUUGUUUUAAAGUUGGUGUCUGUUUUAAGGACUGUGGAUGAAAAGCUUUUCCUCCCAAAUCUCUCAUCUCUUCCCCCCCCCCCCUUUUAUUUCCUCUUUGUUUGUAGAGGGCCCUCCUGGUACCUUGUGCUGGCAGAGCCCUGCCUUGCCCAGAGAGGGGCAAAGCACAGUUGAACUGGAAACCUGGAGCCUGUGGUGGUUUUUCCACAUGGAAAACGUGGGACCCUCCUUUUUUUUGUUUAGAUGCUGCCAGUAGAAAUCUCGAUGGUGCUGUUUAGCAUUUUUUUUGAAACAUUUUCCCUUUAAUUGUGAUUUAUUAUAUGAUUUUUAUUACGUUUUUGUUUCUUCUCUUCAGCAUUUCCACAGCCCCCCCCGUGUUCCUCUCCAGUUCCUGCUCAGUGUUGUGCCCUGGAACAGAGAGCACGGUGCGGAGCCUGCGCGGUGCUGAGUGCAGGCGGCUGCUGGGGGUGGAUGUGAAGCUGAGACUGUGAAAACUUUAUAUCCAACUUCUUGAUUUUUCUCGUUUUUUGGUUAAAAACUAGUGUGGGAAGAGGCAUGUUGUGGGCAGGGGCCUGUGUGGUGACCUGUUAGUGCAGCACUCACAGCCUGCAGCCUAUGGGCUCCCAGCAAACAGAGCUGCCUCAUCCACCAAGUGCUCUGGGAAGCGGAGGGAUGAGGCCUGUUGCUCGCUGUGCCCUUCCUCCUGCUCUUGCUCUCCAGGGCUGGUGGCUGCGCGCUGCUGGGGACCUCUAGUGACAAGCUGGUCCCUGCUGGGAGCUGCCUGUGCCCCUGCCUGGGCAUUGCUGACCAACAGCCUGGGUGCUGCGCUGGUCCUGGCACCGACUGUUGCUGUUUCACUGCAAAAUGUAAGUUAAAGAGCGGUGCACACCUAUGUUAUCUACCCUGAGAAACACUAAUCCUAGGAAAUUAGCCUGACUGUUGAGUUGCAUGGUUAGGGUGAAUAACGUCCAGAGGACCUGGUGCUCUGCAGUGGUUGGAGCCAGAGGUGCUGGGGGAGCAGCGCCCUGCCGGGUGAUGGGGCUUGGAAGGGAGCAGCACUGGUUCUAGUGGCUGGUGUUGCCCUUCCCUUCAGAGAGAAGGUGAUGGGGAGAGGAGCCCCCGAGUGCUGCUGGGGCUGCAGGAGGUUUGUGCCAGUGCUGUGUCACAGGCUGGGUGCCCCUGAGCUGCACAGGGGUGGCUCCGGCACUGGCAUGGGCAGAGGAUGCUCAUGGGGUGGCUGUGAACAUCCCCUUCCUCCUCUCCCCCAGCUGCAUUUUAUGCCCAGCCUUUGCUCUCUGCCUCCUUCCUGAAUUUUAGGCCUCCCUCCCUUAUUUGUAGGUAGUCCCCCCCCCCCCCCCCGCAGGUCAGUUUCCUCCCCCCAGAGAGGCUUUUUGGUCUCCUCCCAUUAACUUUGCCCCAGUCGAACCAAAGCAGUUUCCUCCCCGAGGGCAGGAGUGCUACAGCUCUGCCUGGGCCAUGGACCUGGAGAUGGACCAGAACACGAGGGGAGGGCAGGGGUUGUUGGAAUGAAACGUACGGAGCAAAACAAAACUGCUGUAAAUACCUUGUUUGUUCUUCCGUUGUCAAAUAAAAGUUUUCUAGUUUGU